AUCGCCAUUGAAAAACGGAAGUGUUGGAAAAUAUACAAUCAACUUUCCCAAAAGAAUGUUUGAUGGUUUUCGUGCUAACAGGAUGCAAUAACUGAAUGAGAAUCAGGAAAAUAUGGAGAAAAUUAGCACUGAUGUCAAUGGAACUUCACCAAAAACAAAAAAUAGUACGGGAAAAUAUGGCAGAGUGGACCUGGCAGACUUUGUGAAAGAAGUUGACAGAUUUUCUAGAUUAAUUGAACCAUUUGCAUUUGUUUUAUAUUGCUUGGAUGACAUCAGGAAUUGGAGAUAUCCAAAAAUUACUUUAUGUUUAUGGAUAAUUUGUAACCUUUGCUGCAUAAUCCUCACAAAAGGUGCUGUAUUUGUUCUUGUGUCGUUACUGGUGGUUGUAAUAGCUGCCACUGGCCUGGUACAGAUACACACACGGAUAUUAGACAAGAUAUUACCUGUCAAUCAUCUCUCUAAUCCUGAUGAUGAGUCCUCAGAUGAAAACGAUGAAGAUUCAGCUUACAGUACAGUCAGACAAUUCAGAGUUAGCAUAAUACAGAUGUUUGAGUUUGUUGUUAAGUGUAAUGAGUUACUGGCACAUUUUUAUGGAAUCCUUAAGUGGGAUAAUAUACUGCCAUCAUUAAGAUUUCACAUAGAGUUUUGUACAUUGUUACUGAGUUUUGUUGUGCUGCCAACAAGAUGGAUAUACAUAGCCUUAGUAAACUGGGUGUUUCUGGACAAUGAUAUUGUAAUACAAUUAGUUAUAGAUAACAGUCAGUUGUUUAUUGGUUGUCUGACAGGACAGGCACUGCAGUCUCCUGUCUCAAAAACAGUCACUUCAAAGGAAGAAAUUAAAUCUGAAGAAGAAGUUAAAGACAAGAAAUCCAGUGCUAAAGAUUCUGAAGACAUAUCUGAUCUUGAUUAUGAUGCUGAAACAAUUGAAGUUACGAUGGAUGAAGAUGGCAAAUCACCUUCUACAAACAAACCAGGAAUGGUGGCUAGAUUGAUGGAAUUAAAGAAAAGAAGACAACAUAUAGCAAAUGAGAGCUGUUUUGCCUGUAAAGUGUCAUUUGCAUCAAUUUUGAAAAGAAGAUUCUAUUGUCGUCACUGUGGUAACAAUUUCUGUUCUAAAUGCUGUAACCAGCGAGUACCAAAAUCUGUAUUUGGGGCUACAGCUCCAAGUGCACAGACGGAGACUGUUCUUGUAUGUAACACUUGUCAUAAGAAUCUGACUAAAGCACCAGACAAAGAUAAGAAAAGCUGAUAGAUGCCAAUGUACCAUAUUGAUAUUAAAAGGUUGAAAAGGGACUAUCAAGAGCUACGAAGAAUACUUAAUAUAACCACAUCUUGUAGUGCUGCAUGAGCUGUACAGGGAAAUAGAGAGAAAAAAAUAUUUGGAAGAUGUAUUUUUUAUUAAUAUGGAAGAAUAACAUUGUGAAUUUGAUAGAGGUGGAUCUUGAAAAAAUGAAACAAAAGAAAUAUAAUAAAAUGUGGAAUGAAUAUGACUAAAACAUGAUUUGUGACUAACCACAUCAGAUAAACUUACAUUUUGGAGUUUUUAUUAUGAGAAAUUUAUUAUUUCUGUUUACAAUUUCUCCAUAUUUAAAAAAAAUAUUUACUGUUUAAAAGAAGCAUUGGAUUAUGACCUUUUCCCUCCAUAUCAAAGGUUCUUAUGAUUCUUAUAAUGUCAUAUGGACCUAAAAUUCUUGCUGUUUAUUAAACAAAAAAAAUAUUCAUAAAUUUUCUACAAAUAUACAAAUUUAUAGUCUGUCAAAUAGAAGUUAGUAUUUUAAACAUGAUGUCAGAUUUUAUUAUAAGUUAUGUUAAGUUGUUAUUUUACUGUCAUGG